GGAUGUGCAUCACAUUUUGGUGCGGGAUGUUCUUGCUGAUGGUCAGCAAGUCAGACAGUCCGGGGCUGGGUUUUUCUCUCCUACGUAGAGUCGGGGACUGCCGCUGAAAAAAAAGAACAAUUUUCAAGUAUGACGAGACAAAGACAGUAAUGGAACACUGAUAUACUGUACAAUGAUUUAAGUCAUUUUGGCGACCCACCAUGGCGAUAAGGGAGCUCAAAGUUUGUCUUUUAGGGGACACUGGUGUGGGCAAAUCCAGCAUUGUAUGUCGUUUCGUCCAGGAUCACUUUGACCACAACAUCAGCCCCACGAUAGGAGCCUCAUUCCUGACCAAGACCGUGCCGUCCGGGAGUGAGCUGCACAAAUUUCUGAUCUGGGACACGGCGGGACAGGAGCGGUUCCACUCAUUAGCUCCAAUGUACUACAGAGGAUCGGCUGCUGCUGUCAUCGUCUAUGACAUCACUAAACUGGACUCUUUCCAGACAUUGAAGAAGUGGGUGAAAGAGCUAAAAGAACACGGGCCCGAGGACAUCGUUGUCGCCAUUGCAGGGAACAAGAAUGACCUAGGAGACAUCAGGGAAGUCCCCAUGAAGGAGGCCAAGGAGUUCGCCGAAUCCAUCGCCGCCAUCUUCAUCGAGACCAGCGCCAGGAAUGCCGUCAAUGUGGAGGAACUCUUCCAGAAGAUCAGCAAACAGAUCCCACCGCUGGACAACCCCGACGUGGAAAGUACGGAGUCGUUCAAACUGACCCGACAGCCUGCUGCGUCCACCAGGAGGUGCUGCUAGUACAGCAACAAACUGUCAAGGUCACAAGCCGCAAUGCAGAACGUCAUUGUGCUUAGUGCCUCAUGUCUUAAAAAGUAUUAGGGCCACUAUGAAAA